UAUAAAAUUAAAAAGUUAAAACGCCCCUUUGCGUGUCAGUCAAAUAAAUUUUCAGAUUUUUGUUUUUACAAGUUUUCAGCAAGUAAUGUUCGUAUAAACCUAAAACUAUUGUAUCAGGAUUGAAACAGUUUGAAGGCAUUCGUCUUCAAAAUCUUAUGUUCUUUAUAUAAUUACAUAGUCUUACACCCAGGUAAUCAUGACGGACUCAAAGUAUUUCACAACCACCAAGAAAGGUGAAAUAUUCGAGCUGAAAUCUGAACUGAACAGUGACAAAAAGGAAAAGAAGAAGGAGGCUGUUAAAAAGGUGAUAGCCUCUAUGACAGUUGGCAAGGAUGUCUCGGCUCUGUUCCCCGAUGUGGUCAACUGCAUGCAGACCGACAACCUGGAGCUAAAGAAGCUGGUCUAUCUGUACCUGAUGAACUACGCCAAGUCUCAGCCGGACAUGGCCAUCAUGGCCGUCAACACCUUCGUCAAGGAUCUACCAACAUACCAGCUUGUUAAGGACUGCGAGGACUCGAACCCUCUGAUCCGGGCCCUGGCUGUCAGAACCAUGGGCUGUAUCAGAGUGGACAAGAUCACGGAGUAUCUGUGUGAGCCGCUGAGGAAAUGCCUGAAGGACGAGGAUCCGUAUGUGAGGAAGACUGCAGCGGUGUGCGUGGCUAAGCUGUACGAUAUAUCGUCGAGUAUGGUUGAGGAUCAGGGUUUCCUGGACCAGUUGAAGGAUUUGUUGAGCGACUCGAACCCCAUGGUGGUGGCCAACGCCGUCGCCGCGCUGUCGGAGAUCAACGAGGCCAGUGUCUCAGGGCAUCCCCUUGUCGAAAUGAACGCCCCAACCAUCAACAAGCUCCUCACAGCUCUCAACGAGUGCACCGAAUGGGGCCAGGUGUUCAUCCUGGACGCUCUCUCCAACUACGCGCCUCGUGACUCCCGCGAGGCCCAUUCCAUCUGCGAGCGCAUCACGCCGCGGCUCGCGCACGCCAACGCGGCUGUUGUACUGUCUGCCGUGAAGGUCCUCAUGAAGCUCAUGGAGAUGCUAUCAACAGACACGGAUCUAGUGUCCACUCUCAGCCGGAAGCUGGCGCCACCGCUGGUUACUCUGCUGAGUGCGGAACCGGAAGUGCAGUAUGUGGCGCUGAGGAACAUCAACCUUGUCGUGCAGAAACGACCGGACAUAUUGAAGCAUGAGAUGAAGGUGUUCUUCGUAAAAUACAACGACCCGAUCUACGUAAAACUCGAAAAACUCGACAUAAUGAUCCGGCUGGCGUCGCAGGCGAACAUCGCGCAGGUGCUGGGCGAGCUCAAGGAGUACGCCACCGAGGUCGACGUGGACUUCGUGCGCAAGGCCGUGCGCGCCAUCGGCCGCUGCGCCAUCAAGGUGGAACCAUCCGCCGAGCGUUGCGUGGCGACCCUCCUGGACCUGAUCCAGACGAAGGUGAACUACGUGGUGCAGGAGGCCAUCGUGGUGAUCAAGGACAUCUUCCGCAAGUACCCCAACAAGUACGAGAGCAUCAUCAGCACGCUGUGCGAGAACCUGGACACGUUGGAUGAACCGGAGGCCAGGGCUUCUAUGGUGUGGAUCGUGGGCGAGUACGCUGAACGUAUCGACAACGCGGACGAGCUGCUCGACUCCUUCCUCGAGGGAUUCCACGAUGAGAACGCACAGGUGCAACUGCAACUGCUCACAGCUGUAGUGAAGCUGUUCCUGAAGCGGCCGGCGGACACGCAGGAGCUGGUGCAGCACGUGCUCAGCCUCGCCACGCAGGACUCCGACAACCCCGACCUCAGAGACCGCGGCUUCAUCUACUGGCGUCUCCUCUCCACGGACCCGGCUGCCGCCAAGGAAGUAGUACUCGCCGACAAACCGCUCAUCUCGGAGGAGACAGACUUGCUAGAGCCGACACUGCUGGAUGAGCUGAUCUGUCACAUUAGCUCUCUAGCUUCUGUGUACCACAAGCCGCCGACUGCUUUCGUUGAAGGUCGCGGCGCGGGCGUGCGCAAGUCGCUACCAGCGCGCGGCGCGGCCAGCGAUGACGCCGCUUCGUCGUCCUCCGCGCCCGUCACCACCAUCAUUCCUAACUCACAGGAGUCGUUCAUAGUGGACCUGCUGGACAUCGGCGGGCCGCCGCCCAUGCCGGCCGCGCCCACCUCCAACGUGGAUCUGCUAGCUGCUGGCCUCGACGGACUGCUCGGUGGUGGUCCAGAGCCAGUGGCGGCCGCCAACACGACGGGUCUGCUCGGAGACAUCUUCGGCGUGUCGGCCGCGCCCGCCUGCUUCACGCCGCCCAAGCAGUGCUGGCUGCCCGCUGAUAAGGGGAAAGGUCUGGAGAUCUGGGGCUCGUUCAGCCGCGUCGGGGGGCAGCCACGCAUGGACAUGACUUUCACCAACAAGGCCAUGCAGGCCAUGACCGGGUUCGCCAUACAACUCAACAAGAACAGUUUCGGCAUCUGCCCGGUGGGCGGGCUGUCCGUGGGAGCCCUGCAGCCGGGCCAGAGCGCGGAGGCGCCGCUGUCGCUCGCCACCACCGGGCCCGUGCAGCGCAUGGAGCCGCUCAACAACCUGCAGGUGGCAAUCAAGAACAACGUGGACGUGUUCUACUUCGCGUGUCUCAUCCCCGCGCAUAUCCUCUUCACUGAAGACGGCCAAUUAGACAAGAGAGUCUUCCUCACCACAUGGAAGGAGAUCCCGGCGGCGAACGAGGUCCAACACACGCUGUCCAGCGUCAUCGGCAACGCAGACUCCGUCGCACAGAAGAUGACCACAAACAACGUCUUCACCAUCGCCAAGAGAAACGUGGAGGGACAAGACAUGCUGUACCAGUCUCUGAAGCUUACUAAUAACAUCUGGGUGCUGUUAGAGCUGAAGCUUCAGCCAGGGAAUCCUGAGGCCACUCUUAGUCUGAAGUCCAGGACCGUAGAAGUCGCCCAGUGCAUAUUCCAAGCGUACGAAGCUAUACUUAAAUCGUAAUCGUGUAGGCUGUUGAUGUGUAUAUUUUGAAUCGAGAGAUUUUUUUAUGUUAAUUUUAUUAUGAGUAUUGAUGAGAUAAGAUAUUAUUAAAGACUUUGUACGAAUGCAAAUUCCAUUAUCGUUAGAUCGCGCAGUUGUACGAUGUUAGUGUGGCCUGAGGAUAUGUAUGUAUUCGUGGUUAUUUACUGAUCAUAUUAUUAUUAUAUUUACUAAUAGAAUAUCAACAGUAUGUUAUAAUGAAUAAAUAUUAGUUCUGAUAAGCAUAUUCUGGUACUAAUGAAUGAAUGCGUUAUCAUGGUGUUAAAUGAAAUAAAUUAUAUCAUAAUCUA